UCCUCCUCCACCACCUCCCUCUCCUCCUCCUGGCAGCGUCCCCUCUCUCACUAUUGGCGUGUUGGCUGCUGUUCAGAUCCGUAUUUACUCUCAGGACGACCCCUCCCACAACGACAAGCAACUCGACCUGCAGGUGAGCAGUUCAGCCGCCGCUUCCCUGUCCCCCCCCCCCCUCCCGCACACUCACGGCGGAUUAUCUGCUUCGGUGGAAGAAACCAGAUGAGCGCGACGAAGUUGCGUUUCGGAUUUGUUGGAUUCUCAAGCGGGACGUGGUUCUGCGUCUGGACGUGGAGACGAUGCUGUGAAGAGGCAGCGGUGUGGGCGCGGAGUUCAUAAAAGCUUUAAAUUAUCAGAUGCUUUUAAGCCUGACAUGUGUACACCCAGUGAGACAGUGACCUGAGAUCCCACCCUGAGGGAAGACCAGGAUGCGCCCUAUUGCGUCACAGCUUUUAGCCCAGACCAAUGUUGGAGGCCGCCAUUGCAACCCUCCUGCUGCAGCCUUGGUGCUCCUCCUGUGUCUUGGCUUCCCUCCCUCUGUGGCUGUGUGCCCACCCUAUUGCCUUUGCGCCAGUGAUAUAAUUUCCUGCAGCGGCCGCAAUCUGUCCACAACACCAUUUGAUCUACCAAGCUAUGCCACACUGUUGGACCUGAGCCACAAUGUUAUCACUACCCUGCCAACAGAUUGGAUUCCCCAACAAUUUGCCCGACUCGCUACACUGGUUCUUAGCCGAAACGCCAUAAGCCAAAUUGAGGUAAAUGCUUUCAAUGUCACUCCACAUCUCCUGCACCUGGACCUGUCAUCUAACCAAAUAACAGUGCUGAACACGUCCCUCUUCACUGGGUUGAAGGAGCUGAAAGAGCUCCUACUGUAUGACAACCAGAUUGUCCUGAUCAAUCCAGGGGCUUUCAGCGAUCUUCACAGCUUGCAGAGGCUCUACAUCUCUGGUAACAAACUGAAGACUUUUCCCUUUGGGUUGUAUUGGGAACCUGGAGGGCCCCGUAAUCUGACAUUUCUUGAUCUGUCCUACAACAGGCUCUCUAAGUUGCCUGUCCAGAGUCUGCUGUCUCUCACCCGGCAAGGUAGCAUUUAUUUGCAGGAAAACCCUUUGGUCUGUGACUGUGCUUUACUCGCCUUGCUUGAGUACUGGAUGUGGAAACAGUACCAACCCCUGAUGGACUUCAGAGAUGAAUACCCAUGUAUGGAUGAUUCUGGACCAGGGCCUAUUUGUAUCCAGCAGGGAGUGUCAAAUAUGCCCCUUGAGUCACAGAGUUACCAAGAGGAGCCUGGUAAAUGGCUGAGAGUGCCAUGUCCAGGGUUGGCAUCUUCAGCCCAGGAGGGCCUUGUGGUGUUCUGGGUUACCCCAAGCACUAUAGUGAAUUCAUCAACAAAUGAUCCAAGUGCCCACUUAAUAGUUCUCCCCAAUGGCACCCUUGAAAUCCAAGGAGCACUCAUGGAGGAUUCUGGUACAUAUGGGUGUGUGGCAGCCCGCCACCGCCACUAUGACCCCCACGAAUCUGUUGAGGUCAGUGUUGUGGUCGGAAACUUGAGCACUUCAUCUGCGAGUGGCUUGGCACAUCGCAGUGGCGCAGAGCACUUCAACACUGCGUUCACCACCCUUGCUUCCUGUGUGGUCAGCAUCAUAUUGGUGCUACUUUACCUCUACCUCACCCCCUGUAGGUGCAGAGAAAGCCGGGGCGGAUCGAGAGGGUGUGGCGGACGAGCCAUGAUUCUCUGUUCAGACCCCAGAGAGGCAGAGUCAGGAGAGCGGCGGUCAAAUGGAAAGAGGGUGGCUUUCUUAGAGCCUCAAGCAGAGGCCUCUGAUAUUGGCGGCUCCAAAACACCAGCACUGAACUUGGCUCAUGUUACCACUGAGGGAAUUCUCAAGAAUGGAAGUAGGACAGUGGGACAGACCCCCACAGAUCCUGCUCACAUAGCAUAGCAAGAAAAUUAUGUUUUACACACUCAUGUAUUCCUAUAGUCUCAACCCAAAUGCUUUUUUCCAGAGUACUGUUUCAGUACAAAGUGAAAACAUCCAUUUGAUGUAAACUAGAGUACUGUGAUUCUUGUGAAGUACUUUUCCACUGUAAAGUUUGGGUUAUUGUUCUGAAGCAGAGUACAGUCCUUAUGUAGGCAGAAUUUCAAUCAUGUCUCAACUGUGCUGUAAGUGGUUUCUGUUUUCUGUUCAGUUCAUAUGGAAAUGUUGCAGGUACCAAGGGAAAAUUGUCACCGCAAAGAUCAUAUUAAUGUGGGAGGAUUUUUAAAUUGAGCUGAGAGGAAAUAUUCACACCUGAUUUGCUCAACUGCUAGAGGCCUUGAUGGCUCUUAUACAGUAUGUGCAUUGUGAAUGUUGCUGUCACAGAGACCUUUGUUAUCUUCAAUCCAUUUGUUUCCUUCUGUGGAGCAAAUAAUUUCAACAGGGCAGCCUACUUAAAAUCAAGGGAUUUAACAAAAAUAGAACAUUAAUUGUUCAGGAAUUACAGCCAUUUUAUACAUAGUCGUUCCAUGUGCAGAGUCUCAAAAGUAACAUAACAGAUUAAAGAGAUAGUUGGCAAUGAAAAUUCCCUUAUCUACUCACCACUGUGACGAUCAAGGGCAUGAUGGUGUUUAAGUCCACAAAACACUUCUGGACUCUCAGGAGUAAACAGUGUUGCAGCAGAAUCCAAUUGUAUACUACACUUCAGACGUAAUACAAAAACACAACAUGCCUCCCCUCUGCUCGUGUGGUGUCAUCCCAGCAAACUCUGACAUUCAGAUUCGAAUUGGCGUCAUUUAUACCAUGUUUGUAGCCUAAAUGUCCUCUGAUACUCUCCUCUGAGGCGUGUUCACGUACCCAGGGGCACAUUGCACUCACUCUUGCCCAAGAGCACGUGUGGGGUGUGCAUUCAUGUGGCUAUAUCCGAUAGCAUAGCCACUUCCGGUAGUGAACAUUUCAGCCUAAAACAUGUUGUAAAUGACUGUUUAUGGAACUCCUUGAGGAAGUAAGUGAAGAAGGCCAUUAUUGGGCAAAACAAACCAAUGAGAAAGAGCAAAAAUUGUAGUUGUGCCAAAACUAACAAUUUGGUGCGUUGUUAAAAAAGCUGGAAUGUACUGGCACAUACCCAAGACCAUGGAAAAUGACGAAAAAGUAGAGGAUUGCAGAAUUGUCUCCUUGGGGAAGAAAAACUUGCUGUUGUAAGUACAGAGGGAUUACCACCACUGUUUUGGUAUAAGCUUGUAUGGCUGCCAGUGGAACUGGGUCACUAGUGUUUUUAUCGGCUGUGACAGCAACAGAUAUUGUUGCACCUUGUGAGUCUGUGUGUAUGUGUCUGUGUGUCAUAAUGACUAAUUGUGGUCCUUAAGACACCAACAGUAGCAGGAACUGCAUAUGUGGUCCAAGCAAUAAUAUGAUUUCCUUCAUGUUAUUCAAAAUAAUCCUUAUAUUUAUAAUGAUGUUCGUCAAAUUACUUUUGAGCCUCUGAAAAUAUAGUGUCUAUUUAUAAAAUGGCUGGCUUUUGUUAAACCCUAUUGACUUAAAGCUGAAAGUCUACUCUUCAUUCACAUCUUUAUGGAUUUGUUUCAAAUGCAAUUACAAAUGCACUGUCUGAAUACAAUAAUUAAAAACACAGUGGUAGCUUAUUGCACUGCUAUUUGGUGGAAAUAAUAAUAUAACAAAGAAAGUAAGAACAAACAGACGUUUAGUUUGACAAAAUGCAUUAAAUGAACUCAAUUGUGGUGGAAUUCUCUUUAAAGUGUGGCUCACUCAAAUGACAAACAACAUAUUUUCUCAUUCUUUUUUACUAAAAAUGGGUCAGUUGACUAUGUAAUGUGAAAGGCCCCAGUCUGCCCGGAUCAGUGACAUAGAAAUCAGAAAGAGGCAUGCCAGCUAGCACCAAACCCACUGUGACCUACAUUCCUACGUCCUCUUUGCCCCGUUUUAUAGGUGUGUGGAAUCAUAUCCAACGUGCCAAGAGGCUUGUUAUACAGUUUCCUUUGCCGUACAUGUACACGCUGUCAACUUUAUAUAUUCUUUGUUCUGUUAGACACAGGAUACAUUAUAAGUAGAAGCAGUGAAAGUAUCACUUUGUCAAGACUUCAAUGACAAUGAUAUUUGUAGGGAUGAAAUAAACAGUUUCAAUUUGCA